UCAACGACGACCCCGUAUUAACCUCCCAAUGGCCCUCGCGAGCCCAAGCCGCAAUCAACGACGGCGCAGACGCCUUGAUGUCCUUCAACGAACCCGACCUCUGUGGUGACGGAACCGGAGCCGCGUGCAUGUCGAUUCAACGCUGCGUCACCGCAUACCAAAACUACAUGAUGCCUUUCAACAACACUCCCGGGGUCCGCCUCGGUGCUCCCGCCGUCACGGACAACGGAGGUUUGAAUUGGUUGCAAGACUUCAUGGGAAAUUGCACCGAUUGCCACUACGAUUUCAUCAAUCUGCAUUGGUAUUCCAACGCUUAUGCUUUUAGCUAUCUGCAGUAUUAUGUGCGACUGGCGUAUUCCAUGUUUGGAAUGCCGAUUUGGAUUACCGAAUUCGGAAUGACAAGCGAAUCCUACAAUACCGACAUUGCAACGCAGAAUUUCUUGAAGAAUGCCACGGCGUUUUUGGAUGCGGUGCCGUAUGUGGAGCGAUAUUCUUGGUUCUAUGAUGCUCCGGGAUAUUUGAUCAAUGCGAAUGGGAAAGGGUUGAGUGCUCAAGGAGUGAUUUAUAAUUCUUAUACCGCUCCUUGUCCUGCUUGGGCGACGGGUGAUGGGUCUUGUUAUUAGUCUUGACGCGUUCAAAGUUUCUGGAUCUUGAGAGGGAGAGAAAUAGAGAGAGAGUAAAACUUGAUUCUUUUCUUUUUUUGAAACCGGUAGUACAUUGAACAAAUUUCGUUAUCGUGAUCG